AUAAGUUGAUGUUUCUCCGAAAUAAGAGAUCUGGUCCACGUUCAUGUUACAUGCACAUCAUAUCACAUCACGUGAUACCUUGCUUAAACACCGGAAUGAAAUUUGUAAUAAUCUUCAAAUUUUAUUUGGACACAAAAAAAAAAGCUUCUAAAUAUUGUUUGGUGUAAUUUGAGACGCCUAGGUUUUGUAAAUUAUGAUAAACAGAUAAGCAGACGGUCGUUUGAUUUGAAAUGGCCAUGUUUAGCAAAUUAUGACAAUCUUCGUAUGAUUGUUUACAUGUCAAAGCAUAAAGAUUAGAGAGAAACGAGACUAAGAUAAAUAAGUGGUUAAUGAUCGGGGAGAGAACUGGAACAACAGCAUGAUAUGUCACAUGACCUCCAAUAAUAAAUUAACAAUCCAAGGUGUCUAUAUAAUCCAAUGUGUCUAUAUAUAUAUAUAUAUACACAUAAUCGAUAGUUUCACAAUUUGCUAAAAGCUAGCAUUUUCAAUUCCCGAAACAAACAUGUCGCGUUUCGUGAUACUCUCUCUAACUCUCAUGGUUUUCAUCAACUCAUCAAGCUUUCCAAAUACAGUAGCCACUCCACCAGGCACGUACCAAAACCACACAACGUACGUAAAAACGGCAUGCAAUUCAACAACAUAUCCUAUGAUGUGCUAUAACUCAUUGUCCUCUUACUCCGCCACCAUCAAGUCUGACCCAAUCAAACUUUGCACAACAUCACUCAACCUCAACGUCAAAUCGGCUAAAAAUUCCACAUUAGUUGUCUCUAACCUUCUCCAAAAGGCUAAAGCCGCCAAAAGCCACGAGGUCUCGAUCCUUAAAGACUGCGUGGACGAGAUGAAGGACACUAUCGACGAGCUUAAGCAAGCGGUCGCCGAGAUGAAGUAUGUCAGAGGCCGAGGAAAAACUACGGAGGAGCAUUUAAAGAACGUGAUGACGUGGGUGAGCUCUGCGUUGACCUACGAGGGCACGUGUACGGACGGAUUCGAGGAAGGGAAAGUAAAUGUGGAAACAAAGAAGAAGGUGAAGAAGGCUGUUUCUCAGCUUUCAAAGACUACAAGCAAUACUUUAGCCCUUCUUACUCAUUAUUUAAGUUACUGAUGAAUAUCCAUUAUAUUCACGGCACCGCACCUCGAUCUUUUUGCUUGUGCA